AUGUCUGAAACUGAAGGAAAAAAAAGUAAAGUGUCAAUGUUACAAAUCAAGAGUCACUCUGCCAUGAGGUCACAGAUGGGGCUGGCUCACAAGUCAGCAAGUAGACUAAAAUUUCGAAGGCAAUCAUACGGUUUUUCUGGAGUCCCUGGAAUAAGGCCUACGGAACGAACAUCACAGGUUGCGAUUGAAUUUAAACGUCCAGCAUUAUCUUAUCUUCCUACGUAUCAAUUAGAACCAUCUUACCCGUUCCACGUUCCCAACGUGACAAAAAUAUCGGAUGAACUACUGGAUGAACAUUUCACCGAACAUAAAUAUAAUGUACAGGAUUCUCCGGCAUUAGCACUCCGCUUAGCAGGUGAACUUAUGCGUAAGAUCAAAGCUUUACAGUUUUCACGCUACCGUAUCAUUACUGUUGUCACUAUUGGUCAAAAAAGGGCGCAAUGUUACAACAACGCCAUUACUUUCUUGUGGGACCAUGAGAGAGAUAAUUAUGUAAAUGUGCAAAGAGAGGUUAAUUCUGCGUUUAUUCAAGUUACAACUUUUGGAGUGUAUUUAGAUUAA